UUGUGGGAGCAUGACUUUAUCAUGAACUGUUUGGUGUAAAAAUUGAAAUUAUAUACUGUAUAUAUACACAAAAAAAAAACGUUUUUUACUUUAGCAUUUAGUGUUUUUUUUCUUUGUUAGAAAAGAGCAUUUACUUCGCAACAACGCACAAGUCCAUGAGAGGAAUAAGAAAAUCUUGAGAUUCCAAGAUGUACAGUGGACUUCUUCCAAGGGGAUACGACGAAAGUGAUGAAGAAAAAAAUUCUGCUGAGCAAGGUGCUGACGUUACGGAAGAUGCUUUAGAAACAACUACAAUAAAAGCUGUAUCUCCGAACACUAAAUCUGCCUUUGAUUCGGAAGAAAAUGACACCGGGCUCGAUAAUAAUAAAAAUACACAGUCAAACUCUGAGAGCGAGUCGAAAGAUGUAUCGACGGACGAUUGCUUACCUGGAGUAUCACUUGAGAUGUGGAAAAAGUUUAAAGAACUUAAGCAUAAACAUUUGGAAAUGAAGAAAAAGCCACAAUCGAAGGUCAGGCACCGAAAAAGAAAACGCCACAAAAAAGCAGAUGAGAAAACAGUCUCAAUGGAGCCAGAGAAGGAGAGCAUGCUUCAAGCUGAGCGUGAAGCACACUGGAAUGAGCUUAAGCAGUACUUUGGCAUAAAUGAUAGGUUUCAGCCUCCUGCCUCCAGCAGACCUCUUCCCAAGACAGGGCUAGAAAAGAACAUUGACAAAGCCAUUGCUGAAGGGGACCUUGAGACAGCUUGGGAACUGAGUGACAACUUGGCCGCACGUGAGACGGCUGUGAAAAUUGCAAAAUCUGCAGAUUGCCGUGACUUUGUGAAAGCCAAACAGGAAGCUGAAGCAUCAAGGGAGGCCCAGAAAAGAAAGAAACAAGUUGCUUGGGGGUUUGAAGCCAAGAAAAGAUGGGAGACAAAAAGCAACAUGGGCUACAUGUAAUAUUUUCACAUUUCAAGACCAGACGUGGGUUCCUGCCACAGAUUAGAAAUGCAGCUGUGGAAAACAUACAUCUCUUUUGUUUUUUUAUCGCUCAAUUGCAGGAUGAUUGGCAAAUAAUAAAGGUUUCCUUAGAUUAUAAAGUUUCACUUUUUAUGGCUCAUAUUUUGUUUUAAAAAGGAAAUUAGGCAAGUGAAAUUUUGUCUGAAUAUCCAAUUAGUAUUAUUUUUUCUAUUCUAGUGUUAGUUAUUCACUGUGCCAUAGAUGGGUGGUUUGCAGCCUUCUUGUUAUUUGAAACAAAUUACGACUCACACUAACCUUCACUUAAAUAAAUAAAAGCAUAUCAAAGAACUCCCAUGAAUAUUAUUUGGAUCAAGGUACCUUCUCAAAAUUGCUGACAGACUCUUAGAUCAUGUAUGCCAUUAAGUCUUGCUCUGUGUUUUCAUAACAUACCACGAAUGAAGUACUUUUGCACACAUAUGAUAAAAAUGGCACAAGUAAAAACAGUACCUUGUGUGCUUAUAUUGGGGAAUCAGAAUAAUGUUAUUCAAAUUUUGCUCUUCACAAAACUCUAACUUCCUGUGACUAGAAGCAUAAAGGAACUUCUCUUAAGCUUUCCUAUUAACAUCUUUGCCUGUAAUCAACAAUUCCAGAAACAAUUUUAUGAUAAAUUGCAAUAGGUGUCACAAACAUAUGGUAAUAAUUUUCAAAAUUAAUUUUAAAACCGACUGUUAACAGUUUUUAAUUUUGGAUUGGCAGCAAAACAUAUGUCUUGGCCUUUUUUAUUUCUCAUUUCAAAACAAUAUGCCUCAAUGUUACCUCUGUCAAAGGCUGAAAAGCACAUUAGAUUUAGCCUUUUGUAACAUGUUGGCUACAAAACUCCAGUCAAACCAUUGCUGACAAACAGAUGCAAAACAAUCGCUUCAAUGUACAAAGAAACGCCUUAUGAAACAUUAAUAUUAGCAAUCAUACUAAUGGGAUGGCAAUGAAAAUAAGCAUUUGAGUCACUAUAGCAAUUUCAUUAGCAUUAUUUAAGCUACAUUUGCUCAAUUAAAAAUAAAAACAAAAUUGGGAAUCACUGUUCUAAAUGAAACAUCAGAAAUUCUUUAGAUUUGUAUAAAAAUUAUAAACUGAAAUUGAUUUUUUUUAAGUGGUUGUCUUCUUCAAUAUAAUUACUAUGCAAACAUGAAUGUGAUAGCUAUCAACAGUUCUUUAAAAAAGCCUAGAAUCAAAUUUUUCUCUGAAUGUUGUGCUUAUAUUUUCUUCAUUACUAGAAAUGCAAAAUCUUCACUAAAAAUACAAAGAAGCAGCAGCAAUGGUAGGUACAUACAUGUACAAUAUACUUAAAUACAGUGUAGUUUGUUUGAUUAAUGUGAUUUUUUUUAUUUUUAGCUUUACGUUUGUCAAAAAUCCUGCUCUUUAUUUUUCCACAGUGCACAAAGCAAAUCUCUGUUAUGUUGCUUGUGAACUUAAGGAAAGAGCCAUUGUGUAUGAUUUAUAUAUUUGAAUAUUGUUGAUUAAUUUAUUGUCUCAAAUCAAUACAGUAAUGUGUGCAACUGAUAAAAUCUACUAAUAAAAUAAGUCUUUAGUUUCAAUAUGGAAUCCAACUUCUUGGAAGCAUUGUCUAAUUGUAGACAUUCAAAAAUGAAAUAUCACAUUGUAUCUUAAUGUUGACUUUCACUGUAUUAAGCUUUCCUGGAAUGCUCAGAAAACUGGAAUGCUGCAAGGAAUGUACAGAAAUAGAAACAUUUACAUUUUUAUGUUAUUAAUAUGGUAAUAUAUUUUAAAAAAUAAACGUCCAUCCAAGAAAGGGGUUUUAAAGCAUUUGAUUUGGCUAACUGUUAAUUAAUUGUAACAUUCACUCUAAUUUUAAUUUGACAAGCAAUUUUGAUAGGCUGGGAAGUGAACAGAGCAACCCAAAUUUAAUGUUGUUCAUUUCCUUUAGAAAGUUGGGCAUCCAUCCAGUUCUUGACUUGCACACCGAUAAUAGGAUGUUAUAUCUGUGACUGUAAUCCAAAGUAAUUGAACAUGUAAUUCCCUGGUUGAGUGUGACAGAUCUUUACAGAGCAAAAUGUGAGCAGCAUGAACGAAAAGUUGUCUGUUAUUUGUUACAAGACAUAAAAGUCACAAAGCCAGAGUGAUUUUGGACGUACCGUACCAUACAACAGCAAUCAUGCAGUGGUUUGAUGAAAAGUUAAACACGUGUUUUUGCUGCCUGUGGAUAAGCAUGUUGAUUUGGGGGAAUUUAAAGGAACAGUUUUUUUCAGUAAGGUAGGUAUUUAUCUCUCAUGUUCCUGUUUUUUCAUUGGUGCAUAACCCUACUAACCUCCAACCACAGCUGCCAUAAAUAUUUUUUGGAUAAAAUAAAAGGAGACAGUUUUGCAUCUUUGGUUGCUUUAUUUUACUGUAACCAUUCAACAACAAAUACUGUGUAUAAAGGAAAAAAA